UAUGAGCUUCCCUCACGGCGAGUCGGCCAUGGAUUGCGACCGCAAUUGAACUUGAUUUGCUGCACAAUCUCACAGACAUUGUCACAUCUCGUGGCGGACAUGACGGCGCGUCGCGGCCGCAGCUCCAGCCGCAGUCGCGAUGGUGGCCCCCUGAGCACCGCGCUGCUGCUUGUAGCCAACCUCUUAAUUCCCGCUGCCAUCUUCAUCUUCGCAACCGGCUUCUUCCCCUACAAGCCACUGCUUCCUGGUCUGGCAACGUACCAUGACGUGGCCGACUACGGCGCGCCGCCCCCGGCGCCGUUCGACAGGCUCGUUUUCAUGGUCAUCGACGCCUUGCGGAGUGACUUUGUCUACACUGCAGACAGCGGCUUUGAGUUCACACAAUCACUGAUCCGCGAUGGCGCCGCUCUGCCCUUCACGGCGCAUGCCACUUCCCCAACCGUCACAAUGCCCCGCCUCAAGGCCAUCACCACCGGCUCGAUCCCCUCCUUCCUGGACGUCGUCCUCAACCUGGACGAGGGCGACGAGAGCUCGAGCCUAGCCUCCCAGGACACGUGGCUGGCGCAGAUGAAGGCCAAGGGCGCGGGGAAGCUGGUCAUGUACGGGGAUGACACGUGGCUGAAGCUGUUCCCUGGGACGUUUGACCGCGCCGACGGGACGACGAGCUUCUUCGUCUCGGACUUUACCGAGGUUGACAGCAACGUGACUCGACACAUUGCUGACGAGCUCAAAAGGGACGACUGGAACACCAUGGUGCUGCACUAUCUCGGGCUGGAUCACAUUGGCCACAAGGGAGGCCCGAGGAGUCCCCAUAUGGUUGUGAAGCAGCGCGAGAUGGAUGGCAUUGUGAGACAAAUUUACACCGCUAUGGAGUCCGAGAACCACCUUCGGUCGACGCUCUUCGUGGUAUGCGGCGACCACGGCAUGAACGACGCUGGCAACCAUGGCGCGUCGUCCGCCGGUGAGACUUCGCCGGCUCUGGUGUUCAUGUCACCCAAACUCCGUGAUCUGAAGAGUAACCUGCAGUCGCCUGUGCCUGAAGAUGAGGGCUUCCAGUAUUACAGCACCGUGGAGCAGUCGGACCUUGCCCCCACUCUCGCCGCUCUGCUGGGCUUUCCGGUCCCCAAGAACAACCUGGGGGCGCUCAUCCCCGAGUUUCUUCCCUUUUGGCCGGACAAGCAGGACCAAGUGCGGCUCUUGAUGCGGAAUGCGCGCCAGAUUCUGGACAUCGUUCUCGCAGCAUUCGGGCCGGAAAUUCUGGAAUCUGACGCAAGCUCGGCCUCUCUCAGCGAGUCAAAGGCUGACUACCAAGAACUGGCGCAUGGCUGGAAGCGCCUAGCCGACAGCUAUGACAAACAGGGCGCCGGCGAUCCCGCCGCGUUGAUACCGGCUAUCACCAAGUGGCUGCGAGACGCACAACGGGUCCUGAGCAGCAUGGCCAGCAACUACGAUAUGCCCCGGCUGUUCCUGGGACAAGCCGUCGCCGUCGUGGCUCUGGCAGCUGCUGCCGUAGCAGCUGCUCGCUGCGUCAAUGACAAGGCAAUCUCAUUCGUCCCGCUCGCCUCUAUUCUUCUCGCAUAUGGCGCGAUGAUGUUCGCAAGCAGCUACGUCGAGGAGGAGCACCACUUUUGGUACUGGGCGACGACUGCGUGGUUCGCCUUUCUCGGCUUGCGCGAAUUUCGGCGGGGCACACGGUCUGCGGGGCUUCAGACGCUCUCGACCAUGGUCCUGCUGCUCGCCACGCGCAUCAUCAGAAGCUGGAACCAGACCGGCCAGAAGUUCGCCGGCGAGCCAGACAUCGUCAAGACCUUCCUCCACACCAACCCGGUCCUUCUCUGGUGCCUCAUCGGCGCCACUUACGUCUGGGUCCACCGCAACCUGAUCUACGGCCUCAGCGGGCUGCCGAUCUGGCUCAACUUCGCCGCCGCGACCGGUCUUGUUCUGGCUGCGUUCACUUUCAAAGUGGCCUUCACGCUGGAGGACGCGCCCGAGCUGGUGACCGAGUUCGCCCGCCGCCUGCUCGCGCUGAACUUCACGCAGGACGCCUCCCUCAUCGCCCGCGCCCGCGCAGUGUUCAUCGGCAUCGCUCUGCUUACCGCCGUAACCAUUUUCUUCGCCCUCUCCCGCCGACGCAUCUCCCAGGGUCAGCCGGCCCCAGCAACCAUCCUAACGCUCUACACCCUCCUAGCCCUGACCCAGUCCCGCCCGACCAACGCCCCACUCUUCCUGCUCUUCAACCUACAACACCGGCUCCUACUAUCCCUCAUCUCCCCGUCCUCCCCCUCUCCCCCCACCGCAACCGCCCACGAUGACAACAACAACAACGACGACGACGACGACGACGACGACGACACUAACGACAACGAUAACGUGCUCUCCUCCUCCCCAGCCUCGUUGACCGUGACGGCCCUGCUCCUGCAGCACGCCGCCUUCUUCGCCGCCGGCGGCUCCAACUCGAUCGCCUCGGUCGACCUCGCCAGCGCGUACAACGGCGUGGCCGCCUUCGACGUCGCCGCCGUCGGCGCCCUCACCUUUGUCGGCAACUGGGCGGGUCCCAUCUGGUGGGCGCUCGCCGCCGUUGUGUGGUUGGGCGAGCGGCGGCGGCGGCUUCGGUGGAAAGGGGAUGGAAACGGGGAAGGGAAUGGGGAUGGAAACGGGGAAGGGGAGGGGGAGACCGAAGGGGAUUGGGCCCCGUGGAAGGCGCACGUGGCGGUCCUGACGGUGUUCGUGGCGGGCGGAGUGGCGGCGGUCAUGGCGGCGUGCACGGCGCUACGGACGCACCUGUUCAUAUGGACCGUGUUUUCGCCCAAGUAUCUGUACUGCGUGGCGUGGAGCCUGGGGCAGCAUCUGCUGGUGAAUGUCGCGCUGGGCGGGGCGGUGUAUUGGCUUGGGAUGGUGGAGGCGGGUGGGAAGCGGUAGAGAGAUAUAGACGGCGGUUGGUGUUGUAAUUUUUGGUGUUGAAAGGACGGCUUGUGUGUGCCAGGAGACGUCGAUAGACCGCGCGUGGCAUUUCGUUGA